CCCCCCGUCUCUCCGCCUUCCCUGCCACCCCGCCAGAGGAACGCGGAGGAGGAGCUCCGUGCGGGCUGUCUGCACAGCGGUCUAGUGGCAAAAACCAUUAGACUGAAGAAAGGGUCAUCGGGACUUGGCUUCAGUUUGACGAGCCGGGAGCAACACCAACGUAAAAACAACUACCCUGUCUUCAUCAAGAAGAUUCUCCCUGGGGGUUCAGCUCUUCUAGAUGGGAAACUGAAGCCGGGUGAUCAGCUUCUAAUGGUUGACGACAAGGAUGUUUCCUCUCUGGGCCAGGCACAAACCGUGGCGUUGCUGCGCGAGAAGCCGGUUGGGAGUGUCGUCAGUCUUGUGGUUGCAAGUCCCGCCUGUCCGGACCCAAUGGAUGCUUCCCAGUCCCAGUCUCACUCCUCCAACUCCGAACCUCUCAGCCCAAAGGCCUCCUCCGCUAGCUCGGUUAGUGCUUUCAACAUCAAAAGCACCUCAUGA